AUGGCAUCUCUGCAGCCUGUGUGGACCUUGUCUUGGAUCCUGAUUCUGCUGGCUGUCCUGGCCCCCGGGGCUGCAGCUGACUUCAACAUCUCAAGCCUCUCUGGUCUGCUGUCCCCAGUGAUGACGGAAAGCCUGCUCGUUGCCUUGCCCCCGUGUCACCUCACAGGGGGCAAUGCCACCCUGACUGUCCGGCGAGCCAAUGACAGCAAAGUGGUGAGAUCUAGCUUCGUGGUGCCUCCGUGCCGCGGACGCAGGGAGCUGGUGAGCGUGGUGGACAGCGGGUCUGGCUUCACAGUCACCCGGCUCACUGCAUACCAGGUGACAAACCUGGUGCCAGGAACCAAAUACUACGUUUCCUACCUCGUGACAAAGGGGGCAUCCACCGAGUCCAGCAGAGAAAUCCCAAUGUCCACACUUCCUCGAAGGAAGGCAGAAUCCAUUGGGCUGGCAAUGGCCCGGACAGGGGGCAUGGUGGUCAUCACGGUGCUGCUCUCGGUCGCCAUGUUCCUGCUGGUUCUGGGCUUGAUCAUCGCCCUAGCACUGGGCGCCCGAAAGUGA